UAAAGACAUUAAAUAUCGAACAAUCCUUCAAACUUUUUUAUCUUUCACUAACAUUUACAAAGAGGAUUACCUAAACAAAUUAACUGUACACUGUCGAGACUCAAUUACGUCAUAGAAGGACUUUGGCGGAAUUCCUGAGACCUCCAGUAUCCCAUCAUUCAACGGGCGCUUUGCAGUGCAUUGUUGACAGAGAGAAAACGAAACGGGGUGGGAUUUGAAAUAAAUAUCGGUAAACGGUACACUGUGAGCUUUGCCUUGUCAGUAAGUGUGGUGUUCCUAUUCCUGUCCUGAGUGUCAUGAUGAAAUGACCCAAUUUCUGUCAUCUCAGAGGUGAACGUCAUGCUGCCAAGGAGCUGAACUGGCUGCGUUACAACUGGAUCUCUGCAUCAUUAGAGCCCGGAGAGGGAAAACCAUCAAGGGAGGAGGAAGUGAGCUCACAUUGAGCCAAUGCAGCAGCAGAGCCGGCAACCUGACCUUGUGGAGGGAAGCCUUCCAGUAUUUGUGUUCCCCACCGAGCUGGUGUUUUAUGCAGAUGAGCAGGCUUCACAUAAGCAGGUGCUCACCCUCUACAACCCCUAUGAAUUCGCUCUUAAAUUCAAAGUUUUGUGCACAGCGCCAAACAAGUACGCGGUGGUGGAUGCCACAGGUGCUGUUAAACCACAAUGUUGUGUGGAUAUCGUGAUCCGCCACAGGGAUGUGCGGGCUUGCCAUUACGGGGUGAUCGACAAGUUUCGACUGCAGGUGUCUGAGCAGAGUCAGAGGAAGGCUCUGGGCAGAAAGGAAGUCAUGGCCACGCUGCUGCCCUCUGCUGCUCAGGAGCAGCCCCAGGUCCGGCCCCAGGAAGAAGAGCGCAGGAUGAAGGAAAAGCUUACUGACAGAGUGUUUUUUGAACAGACUGCAUUCCAGACAGAAAGCCGUGCAGCCUCUGGGGGCCCAAGCCUCCUAACUGUCCUUUUAGGCCUGGUGUGUAUGGCGGCCCUUAUGCUCCCAACUUUGGGAGAGCAGGAAUCCACAGUGCCUGUCUACCUCCACUUAAGUGUUAACAAGAAACUUGUAGCUGCAUAUGUUUUAGGUCUUCUUACAAUGGUUAUUUUACGCACUUGAAGUGCUCUUGACGAAAACUAAAAGAAAAUGAUGGAGAGGGGAAAUAUGGACCUUCAACACAGCCAGAACAGUUUUGAGGAUGAGGAAAUAUGUCAGAGGAACUUCCUCUGAAUGGAGAUUAACUUCUUUAAAGAUAUCACAAACGUACAGACACAAUGAAGAUACAAACAUCUAUGGUGUAGGGCACCAUUCUGUUUACAGGCUGGACACUGACUGAGCUUGCAACUGGGCCAAGCGUACUAUCAUGCUAAACAGAAGGGGGAUUUGAAGAACAUGAGUAUAUUAAUUAAAUAUAUUGUUCAUAUUCAUA